AUGUCCGCCGGAAUUCCUGUGCAUCGGACAAUCAGGAAUCCGGACAUCAUCCAAUACUUCCGGACAUCGUCCAUUAGCCUUCGGAAGUUAGGGGCAUGCUCAAAUAAUCUCCCCAAAUGGCUCAACGUGUCACCCUCUGAAAAUGUCAACCCUACAACACCACCUCAAGCCGCAGAUGCAUUAAACUCGCUACUCAGCCAAAAUGCGGUGAUUGCGGUAUUGGUCUUCCUGGUGUCCCUGCUCUCUGUCCCCGCCAAUAUGCAACAAUUUCAAAGCGCCAAAAGACUGUGUGCAGGGCCUAUGGUGGCUUGCGAUGCGGAGACUGUGUCAAGUCGCGAGGAGGCAAAGAUUGUCAAGAAGGUCAUUAAAAGCCAACAGAAGGCAGGAGGCUGCAAGUGA